UGUGGAUGGUUACUUGUAUCGUAAAUGAAGUGUACACUAUUUUAGCUAAAUACAUCUUCGAAAUAAAGGAAAAUGUUUUGUACAAUGUCAAAGUAUGGAUUAGUCGUAUUAGUAUUGUUUAAUGCAAUUCAACACCCUGUUAACUGCCUCAUAGACAUAUCUUACAAAUGCACAAAUGAAGAACGAUGCGUUAGAGUGUACGGUAAUACCAAAAGUGCCAGCGAGUCACAUGUUUUCUCUACUUUAAGCAACUGUCGUUUACUGUGCGGAAAAUAUGGUCCUUUGUGGCCCAGACCUACAGGCCAUGUGACUCUUGGAAAAGAAACAACUGUAGUCAAUCCCUUAAAUCUGCGAUUUGAACAAGACUUUACGAAUCAAACUACUGAAGGCACAACAAUAUUAAGAGAAAUAAAAAUGUAUUUUUUGCGCAAUUUGCGAAAAGCAUUUCAAACCCAAAUUUUACAUGAAAGUACACCUGGAAUGCAAAUAAUCAUAAAAAUUCAGAUUAAUUCAAAUGAAACUAAUAUAUCUUGGUACGUGGAUGAAAGUUAUAAAUUAAAAAUAUCGAUAGAAAACUUAACAACAGUAGUUACAACAAUAGAAGCAAAAACAAUAUUCGGUACACGUCAUGGUUUCGAAACGCUAUUGCAAUUGUUUACGACAGUCAACUCUUCUGUAAAUAUAUUGUCGCAGGCAAACAUUAUUGACCAACCCAUCUACGCCCAUCGUGGGCUCCUAAUCGACACUGCGAGAAAUUAUAUACCAAUAAAAUGUUUAAAAAGACAAUUAGAUGCAAUGGCCGCUAGCAAAUUAAAUGUUUUUCAUUGGCAUAUUACCGAUACACAAAGUUUUCCAAUGCAGUUCGAUACAGUUCCUGAAAUGAUUUUUUAUGGUGCCUACUCCAAAGAAGAAGUUUAUUCCCAAAAUGACAUUAAAAGCAUAAUUAAAUAUGCGAAAUAUCGUGGAAUACGAGUCAUUCUUGAGCUUGAUGCUCCUGCCCACGCUGGUAAUGGCUGGCAAUGGGGUCCUGAGAAAGACCUCGGCAACUUGGCUGUUUGUGUAAAUCAGAAACCCUGGCGUAAUUUUUGUAUAGAACCACCAUGUGGCCAACUAAAUCCUAUAAAUCCGAACUUAUAUACUGUACUACAACAAAUCUAUAACAAUAUAGCCGAAAUGAAUAAGGAAGAAAGUGUUAUUCAUAUGGGAGGAGAUGAAGUAUUCUUCGGUUGCUGGAAUGCGACGGCAGAAAUCAUAAAUUACUUGAUGGAUCAUAAUUUAGGUCGAACUGAACAAGAUUUUCUUAUAUUGUGGAGUAAGUUUCAAAAAAAAGUUUUAAAUCUUUGGGACAAUGCUAGAAGAGCAAAUGGCACAGCCUGUUCUGCAUCUGCAAACGAGCAUUCAAGUCCAGUUAUUUUGUGGUCCAGUCGCUUAACAGAUCCAUUAGUAAUUGAAAAAUUUUUGUCAAAAAACCGAUAUGUAAUACAGACAUGGCUUCCGUCAAGCAGUACUAUACCUAAAGAAUUGCAAAAGUUAGGCUACAAGCUUAUUGUUUCGACCAAGGAUGCUUGGUAUCUUGAUCAUGGGUUUUGGGGAGUAACAAACUAUUACACCUGGAAGAAAGUAUAUGAUAACCAGUUACCUAAAGGAAAUGGUAUUUUAGGAGGAGAAGUUUGUGUAUGGACUGAGUAUAUCGAUGAAUAUUCAAUUGACGGACGCACUUGGCCAAGAGCGGCAGCAGCGGCAGAGCGACUAUGGUCAAAUCCGGAAACAAAAGCUAUAGAUGCCGAAUCACGUUUUUUUUGCCACCGCGAACGGCUUAUCAUCCGUGGAAUACAACCGGAAGCUCUAGCUCCGCGAUGGUGUGAACAAAAUGAAGAACAAUGUCAUUGAAAUAAAUAAAAUAAAAUGAAACAUGCGCAUAUGCAAGUAUUAUGAAAUCGCACGAGUUACUCAUCGCAAUGAAAUAUAUUGUAACAUGUUUAACCAGGAAAUUCAAGCAAUUUGAAGCUUUCGACCUUUUCUACCAGCUAAA